AUGUAAACAAUAAUAAUAAAUAUAAAUAAUUAUCUUGCAGUAUAAUACCAAAGCAUCAUCUUGCUUGGCAACCUAAUGGCUGAGGCUGACCAAGUGAAGUUUGGUGCUCUCUGCAGUGGAAACCCAGCAAACACCAAGAGAGGGUGUGACAAGCAAUAUGGGUGUGGAAACUACGGCGCUAGACGUGAUGGAGGAAAGCGUAAACACAUGGGUCUGGACAUUGUGUGUGCUGAUGGAGCAACAGUUUAUGCUCCAUUCGAUGUGAAGCUGAAUGGAAAAGCUGCACCAUACAAAAAGAACAAUGCAAUUAAUGAUGGUGUCGGCCUCAGUGGUGAAGGUCUGUGCUUCAAGCUUUUCUACAUGAAGCCAGUGAAAUACAGUGGCACAUUUAAGAAAGGACAAAAAAUCGGCACUUUGCUCCCAAUGCAGAAGGUUUAUCCAGGAAUCACUUCCCACAUUCAUGUGCAGAUGUGUGACCAGUCAGACCCCACCAAAUACUUAAAAAAAAAAAAAAACUACACAAACAUUUCUCCAUAGAUGAGCUUUGUAACACACACCCACACACCCACACACCCACACACCCACACACCCACACACCCACACACCCACACACCCACACACCCACACACCCACACACCCACACACCCACACACCCACACACCCACACACCCACACACCCACACACCCACACACCCACACACCCACACACUCUGUAAC